CUAUUUGUAGAUUUCACGUUAACGCGAUAGUUUUCUAGAUUCUUCCAGCAUGAUAAUUUUAUCGUGUUUUUUUGGAAAUUUCGUGUCGUUGGAAUAUUUUAACAACCAUACCAUAACCUCAAUUUCCGAUAUAACUUCAAAAUGCACGUGGUGACACGAUUCGUCAUAUUUACAGUAACCAGUACGAUAGUAUUCGUAUUUAACAAUUACCUUACUUUCAUGUACCUUUUUGACAAUUAUAAACAUCAGUUUUUUGACGAUGUUAACGAUUUGGAGGCGUACGAUUAUAUCGUUGUUGGAGCUGGUACUGCGGGUGCAACUUUAUCCGCGCGGUUAACCGAACAGGGAUAUAAAAUUUUGUUACUCGAGGCUGGCGGAGUUGCACCGCCAUUUCUCGAUAUUCCACUCUUAGCUCCUCUGAUUCAAAACAGCCCCUUUGAUUGGCAAUAUACGACCGUACCGCAACAAAAUGCUUGCAAGGGUUUAACCAAUAAUCAAAGUAAAUGGCCAAUGGGCAAACUUCUCGGCGGAACUAGUCGAUUAAAUUAUAUGCUUUACGUUCGUGGCCACCCUUCCGAUUACAAUGAAUGGUUUCCAGAUUUAAUCGAACCUACUACAGAAUAUAGUGGACCAAUGCACGUAAACGAUUUACAAUGGAGUACCGAUCUUGCUGAUAUAGUUUUAAAAGGAUUAGAAGAAUUGCAUCAACAUAUCGGCAAUAUCAACAAAGAUUCUAAAACUGGUUUCAUGAAAGCACAAGUAUCAAUGGAAGAUGGAAAACGAUGGAGUACGGAUAAAUUAUUAUAUAAAAAUUUUAAAAAGAAUAUCUCUAUCGUUACUCAUGCUAGUGUUGAAAAAGUACUGAUGGAAUCGAACAGAGCAAUAGGCGUACAAUUCGUUAGAUUUAAUAAGAUAUUUAAAGCAUUUGCCAAAGAGGGUGUUAUUUUGAGUGCUGGCGCGAUCGGUACCCCGAAAAUAUUAAUGUUAUCCGGUAUUGGGCCGAAAAAACAUUUGGAAGACUUAAAAAUAAACGUGAUCAGCGAUUUACCCGUUGGUCAACAUUUAGUAGACCAUGUGCUCACUGGAAUCGAUUUGAUUAUGCUGAACACAAGCAUAGGCUUAAGUAUGACCGAUACCUUGAAUCCCGCAUCAGCGAUAAAUUACUUUCUUUUUGGAGCAGGUCCUUGGACAUCCGCGGGGGUUGAGGUUUUAGGAACGUUUCACAGUUCGUUCGAAAAUAAUAAAUCAAACGUACCGGACUUACAGAUAAUGAUGAUGCCGCUUGGAUCAUCGAAAGACAACGGUAUUGUUUUAAAAAAGGCCAUGGGAAUUUCCGAUAGGGUCUAUAACGAAUAUUUUGCUCCCGUUGCAUAUAAGGAUACAAUAACAAUUGCUCCUGUUCUAUUACAUCCAAAAAGUAAGGGAGAAGUCAAGUUACGCAGCAGCGAUCCUUCCGAUCCGCCAUUGAUCGAUCCGAAAUACUUAUCAAAUAAAGACGACAUUUCGAUUCUCGUAGAUGGGCUCAGAUUCGUGAAGAAACUUGUCGAAACAGACGCAAUGAGUACCGUCGGCGCGUCUAUUUACGAGAAACAUUUUCCUGGCUGUGAGAACGAAACAUUUGACAGUACAAAGUAUUGGGAAUGUUACAUACAACAUUUAACUUUAACUUCCUAUCAUCCUGCCAGUACGUGCCGUAUGGGCGAUGUCGUCGAUCAAACGUUCCGAGUUCGUGGCGUGACAAAUUUAUACGCGAUCGAUGCAUCGGUAUUACCGUCUUUGCCAAGCGGCAAUAUCAACGCUGCGGUUUUGAUGCUCGUCGAAAAAGCCGCGCGUAUGUUUAAACAAAAUACAAAAGUUCACGAGAAUAACGAGGAAUGUUACAAGCCACGUGAGUACCACCACAGAUCCAGUAGUAAACAUGACACAUGGAAUAAACAAUUCUUUUAUUCGAUGCAGAUUUAA